AUCGGAAAACUCGAAACAUCGGGGGAUGAGUUGCUUGAUCAUGGUGAUUCGCUCCUCAUUCAUGUACAUGCACUAACAUCUUGUAGAACUGUCCUUUCCACCUGUUUGUGGUGUUCGCCCUUCCCUCACGCUGAUGGUUGCUGUUGUACAUACUUUCGACAACCUGGACGGUUCUCUGUUUGAUGUCCUCGUAGACUGCGAGAUUGCCCGAGACACGGAUGCGGGCCACGCACGAUUCGCCAUAUACAUGACACGCAAGGGGGUCUCUCACCUGAACAAUGCUGUGAAGCAGUUUCAGUUGGUUCUGGCCUGCUGUCCGGUCGGCCAUCCUGACCACGCAGCAGCUCUCACGAACCUUGCGUGGGCCCGCCUUCGAGGUUAUAUUCGACAGGACCUACAAGACAUUGACAACAUCACUUCCCUCUUCCGCGAAGUCCUUGCAUUGCGUCCGCAGGGCCACCCCGACCGUGCAUUAUCUCUAUAUUGUCUCAUUCUAGCAUUGAACUGGUGCCACGACAGGGAGGACACCGCCGUCUGCAUUCACGAAUCGGCGCAGCUGUGCUGCAAGCUACUGCCCCUCUGUCCAGAGGGCACCUACCUUCGUAGCAUUGGCAUAGACAGCGAGGUCGAUUAUGUGAUCCUGCAAUGCAACACACUUCCGAUUGAAGCGUCUAAUGAAGGCAUCCACCUUCGACGAAACGUGCUCGAACUCUGUCCUCCGGGCCAUCAACACCGUCCCGACGCCCUCGACAAUCUUGCACACUCCGUUUGGGUACGCUUUUACCAGCAUGGCAGCAUUGAUGAUCUAGAAGAGAGCAUACAACUUGGUCGUGAAGCUGUUUCUCUGUGCCCCGAGGAACAUUCCAGGCGUAAUACCUACCUGAAUAACUUGGCAUUCUCACUCGACUCCCGCUUUGAUCACCAAGGCAAAUUUGAUGACCUCGAUGAGGCCAUCACCUUGUACGAAGAAGCACUGCGCCUGUGCCCUGUUGGGCACGAAUCUCGUGGUUUCUCAUUGGACAACCUAGGGCUUGCCCUCCGCAGCCGUUUCAACCAACGGGAUGACAUUGAUGACAUCACACGAGCUAUCAGCCUCCAUCGCGAGGCAUUGACGUUGCGCCCAUCUGGGAAUUCAAGUCGUGACACCAUGCUUAACAACCUUGCCCUCGCGCUUCAAACCAGAUUUGAAAAAUCACAUGUCAGCGAGGAAUCUGCCAAGGAUCUUAACGAGGCCAUUGAUCUGUAUCGUGAAUCCCUUCGGCUAAAUGGGCAUGAUGAUCCCGAACGCCAUAUAACUCUUCACAAUUUGAGCUCGGCGCUCUGCGAUCGUUUCACGCGAACUCGGAAGGAUGAAGAUGUCAAGGAGGCGAUUGAUCUCUGUGAAGAAUCAUUGUUGGCAUUGCCUUCAUUUCACCCAGAUAGAUACUUCAGCUAUAUGCGGCUGCAGAAGGCCUAUUUGUCUCGUUACCGAGUGCGCGACAACCCUGUCGAUUUGUCGCUUGCAGUGGAGAACUUCAGACUGGCAUCAGGACAUCCUACUCAAGGAUUUCCACGACGUAUUCAAACCGCCUUGAACUGGGUUGAUCAUGCUGAGAAUCAUCAUCAUGACUCUGCCCUCGAAGCGUACCAGAUAUGCUUGGAGCUUUUCGACAACCAUGUGAUGACGCGAUCGUCGAUUAUCUCACGGCGCGAAGCUGCAACCGCUUUUCACGGUGUACAGUCACUGCCAGUAGAUGCAGCAUCAUGUGCCGUUCGUUCUAAUGAUCUGCAACGAGCGGUCGAACUCGUGGAGCAGGGCCGUGGCCAGCAAUGGUCGCUGGCCUCUCGCCUGAGGAGUCCGCUCGAAGACCUCGAGUUCACAAAUCCCAACCUAGCUCAGAAGUUUUCAGAGCUCAGCAAGCGUCUGUCUGACGCUCAAGGAUCCGCAGGCAGCACAGACCGAGCUGCAGCGGAUCGCGCAGCAAUCAAGUACAGGAAACUGACGAAUCAAUGGGACGCUGUGGUAGCUGAAAUCCGUAAUGUUCAAGCUUUCUCGCGAUUCCUGCUCCCGCCAUCGUAUGCAGAGUUGCAAGUGGCAGCACGUUAUGGCCCAGUCAUCAUCCUCAUUGCAAGUCAAUACUCAUGCAGCGCCAUCAUUGUCCCGACGUCAGGAGAGCCCCAACAUGUUCCCUUGCCGACGAUCACUCUCGCAGAUCUGGAGAAUCUCAAGGGUCGCUUUGCCUGGGCAAUACGGCAAGCAUCUCAGAUGGGCCUGACAGAGUCGAGGACCGACCUCAUAGUACUCUUACGGGUAGUAUGGGAUGAUAUCAUGCUACCUAUCGUCAAUGUACUCGAGCACAUUCUCGAAUUAAAGCGCCGGUCUCGUAUCUGGCUAUGUCCAACUGCAGCUUUCACAUCUAUUCCUCUCCACGCAGCUCACCCCUUUAAAACGAAGGCAGAUCGCUCUGGGAGGGAGCCAUGCCUGGAAGAUCUCUACAUCUGCUCGUACACGCCUACACUUUCGGCUCUGAUCAGAUCUAGACAGAUGAUGAAGAAAUGUGCAAAUCCGUCCUUCGUGGCGAUCGGACAGGGUCAACCUGGUUCAGGGAAUGGCAAGGAACUUCUGGCUGUUGACAGUGAGCUCGAGCUCGUCCGGAAGCUCGUCCCUGCGACGGCCAUGUGUACCACUAUUUCUGGCGACUCAGCCACGCGAGCAGGUGCACUCGAAGCUUUGGAACAGAAUUCAUGGGUGCACCUUGCAUGUCAUGGCAAGCAAGACCACGACCAGCCUUACAAUUCUCAUUUUGUCAUGAGAGACAAACCUCUCACGUUGCUUGAUAUCAUGGAGAAAGACAUUCCGUACGCCGAGUUCGCGUUCUUGUCGGCGUGUCAUACCGCUGCCGGCGAUGAGGAGACGCCUGACGAAGUCAUCCAUCUCGCAGCUGGUAUCCAAUUUUCAGGAUUCAAGAGUGUCGUUGGCACGCUAUGGGAGGUCGACGAUGCUGUCGCAAAACACGUUGUCGAAGCUUUCUACACGACUUUGUUUGAGGGUUCGAAGGAUGGGGGUGUCAUGGACUGCACGAAGGCGGCGCGGGCACUCAACCAUGCUAAGCGUGCCGUGAUGAAGAAAGUGCCGCUCGAGCAGAGAAUUGUUUUCAUUCAUAUCGGUGUGUAGGUCCUGUUGUAUUGUCUUCAUAUGGUGCGGUUUCAUGGGUUUUUAAUGUUGCAUUCCCAUUCGUCCUGUCGUUCAUAGUCACGACCGUGAUAUUCCUGCAUUCCUUUUGUCUCGUUCUCGUAUCUUCUCGUGUUAUCGUCCCCUUAUAUCUUCCCCUAAGUUCUUGUGUACUCCAAUCGUUU